AUGGGAGUAAGUACUGAGACUUACUCCCAUAAGUACGGGAGUAUUGAGUGUGAAAAUGGAUCUGUAAGCAGACUGUUAACGGCUCAGACUGGAGGAUCGCUCAUUAUUCCAUGUUAUUAUAACAGGAAAUACACUGAUCACAAAAAAUACUGUAUUCUGGCAUAUGCUAAUGAAACCAAAGGAAAAGUGUCAGUAAUUGAUCAUCCAGAUCAGAGUUUCUUUACUGUGACUAUGAGAAACCUGCAGUAUGAAGACACUGGAACUUAUUGGUGUGUUGUGGAGAUUGGAGGAAUAUUUCAACUAGAUGAGAAAGAGCAGCUUCAUCUGACAGUUCAAUCAGCUCCUGAUGUGUCUGUGGUGAGCAGCAGUGUAUCUGGACAUGAAGGUGGUGAUAUCAGUGUUCAGUGUUUCUAUAGUUCUGGAUAUAAGGAUAAACUCAAACAGUGGUGCAGAUAUGAAGAUCAGAGCUGUUACACUGUGGGGAGGACUAACACAUCCCAGAAUUCAUCAGUCCAGAUCAGUGAUGAUGGGAGAAGAUCCUUCACUGUGCCGAUGACUGGACUGAGACUGACUGAUUCUGGCUGGUACUUCUGCUCUGUAGGAGAUCUGCAGGCUCCUGUUCAACUUAAUGUCUCUGUUCCUGGUGUCACUCUAGAAGAUCCACAUGUUUUUGCUCACACCGUCACUGAACCAAAACCAGUUAUGACCACUGAAGGAUUUGUGGCACAGAGAGGAGCGUUUCUGUCUGUCACAGAAUUAGAGAUCGCAGGCUCUUCUCACAUUGACCUGGAGGAAUUUUGA